CGGGGCCGCGAGCGGCAUGUCUCGCUACACCAGGCCCCCCAACACCUCCCUGUUCGUCAGGAACGUCGCAGACGCCACCAGGCCCGAGGACUUGCGCCGUGAGUUUGGCCGAUACGGCCCCAUAGUAGACGUUUAUAUCCCACUGGACUUCUACAGUCGCCGUCCUAGAGGAUUUGCUUAUGUUCAGUUUGAAGAUGUCCGGGAUGCUGAAGACGCACUUUACAACCUCAACAGGAAGUGGGUAUGUGGCCGGCAAAUUGAAAUACAGUUUGCACAAGGUGAUCGCAAAACACCAGGCCAAAUGAAGUCAAAAGAACGCCACCUGUGCUCUCCGAGUGACCACAGGAGAUCCAGGAGCCCCAGCCAGAGGAGAUCGCGCAGCCGGAGUUCCUCAUGGGGAAGAGACCGGAGGCGCUCCGAUAGCCUGAAAGAGUCUCGGCACAGGCGAUCUUCUUACAGUCAGUCUAAAUCUCGUUCCAAAUCACUACCCAGGCAUUCUACCUCCCUGAGGCAGUCGAGAACCCCGAGAAGGAGUUCUGGAUCCAGAGGUCGAUCAAGAUCCAAGUCCUUACCCAAAAGGUCCAAGUCGAUGGAGAAAUCACAGUCACGCUCACCUCAAAAGCAGACUGGCUCCGGAGCAAAAUCUAGACCACAUGGACGACACUGUGACUCCAUAGCAAGAUCCCCAUGUAAGUCUCCCAGAGGGUACAGCAGUUCUGGAUCGAAGACACAGACAACGAAGCACUCCCAUCUCCGGUCCCACUCCAGAUCUCGGAGUUACCAUCAUAAAAACAGUUGGUGAAGAGCAACUCACAUCAGAGCCACAGAGCUCUGCUACAAGUUCCCAUACCUCGUUGUGGUUAGAGUUCUUCAAGGCCUGUAUCAAUGUGAACCGGCGUUAGUCACUUCACUUCGGGCAUGUGGAAGGAAUAAAAUCGCCCUAGCUUUGAUUAAUAAAUGUUUUAUCACGAUUUAAGGGCUCAUCCACAACUCACUCACUGUGUGUGCAAUGUCGCCAUUGCAUAGCCUGUACCUGGUUCACACGGCAGCGAGGGUACUUUCUGAAAGAUAUCAGUAAAACAGAACCAAUGCAAAAAUUCUACUUAGGUAUUAAAUAUUGCCAAUAAUAUCCUUUACCAAAAUAUUUUUUAUUCUAAAGCACUUUUCACAUAAAAAAUAAUUGUGACCACAUGUAAUUGAAUAGGCCAGACUUAAAUUGUUUUGACAUCUGUCUUUCUUGUGACUUCUGUUUAAGCUCAAGACAGAAGUAUCCCAGUCGAUACUAGUUCAAAUUACAGCAUUCUGAAAUCUUUAAAGGUAAAAUUUAUAUGGUGAUUCCAUAGCCAUUUAAAAGAUAGCUAUAAGGUGUUUAAAAGAUAACUCAAAGAACAUUUCAUUGUUUUUUAACACAACAGCACAGACCAGUUGGCAUGAAAUUGUUAUCCAUGUUUUUGCUUAAACGCUUAAAGAGAACCGGGUGUGGUGGCCCAGGCCUGUGACCCCCAGUCCUUGGGAGGUGAGGUGGAAGGGCUAAACCAGCAUAGACUGGGCUACAUGAGACCCUGUCUAAGGAAAACAAAUGAAUGCUUCUUUUUUUUAAAAAAAAAAAAGUGAAACCAUUUUAGAAGUUCUAGACUUUGAAUGGCUUGAGACUACUCUAAAAAUUAUGGUGUGGGACACUCAGAAUCCACAAAAAAAAAAAAAAACAAAAACAAACUCAUGUUAAGCCUUACAUAUUUGAAGUACAGUACAUUUUGUAUAAAUUCAUAUUUAUACCAUUAUUUCUAUAUAGCUAUUUUCAUCUGCAUUUUUUUCCUUUUAGAGCUCUAGUUCAAUAUCCUAAUUAUAUAAAAGUCUUUAAAAAAAUUAAACACAGUACAUUAUAUUAAGAAGUACUAGCUAAUGAGAUGGCCCAGGGCAUUAACCCACUCUCCAUCCACACCUGGCAACUGAGAGCUAGCUGGCUGGGCAACGAGCGCAAACCCUGGACAAGCCCACAAGCAGACUCUCUCUGACUUCCUCGCUUGUAGUAUGGCAUGUGCGCACCUGAACACACGCACACGCACACGCACAUGCGCGCACACACA